AUCUUGUCAAAUUUUAACUUCAUAGACUUGGACAGUGAUAAAUGUUGUAACUUUAGAAUUAAAUUAAUUGUAAACACUGGUUUGUGAUUUGAUUAUUGAAAGAACAUUCUUGCUGAUUCGAUUCCGAAAGAUAGGAAAGGUGUCUUCCGGUUUUAGGGCUAGUUACCUUGCUCAAUUUACAUUGGUUUGAAUGAAUCUUAGAAUGUUAUCACUUUGUAGGCCUGAGCAAUGGCAAUCAAUCCGACGAGAUGCUUCGUUUGAACUUAUGUUUCCUUUUGAUGCUUGUUUUGUUAUUUUUUCUUCUUUUUUUUUCUGUAAAUUUCAGAUUUUACUGACAAUUGUUCCGUGUCUUUCUUCUGUUCAAAUACAGAAGGUCCCUACUUCCAUUGUUGAGCUCUCAAUUGUCACGUUUAAUUCUCAUGGAUCAUAUUCUGGUUUGUGUUUUUCUUGAUUGAUUCAUAUUAUGCGGUCUUUUUCUUGGCCAAUGGGUUAUUCCAUGUUAACGCUGGACUACUUUUUCGAGGAACAAGGCUGAUUUCAUGUUAUUGCUGGCUUCUUCUUCUUGCAUUUGCUGAGAGGAUUUUUUUGGCAGAAGAAGCUUAUACGAGAUUUUGUUGAUUUGAAUUUCAAGUAAUUAGAAAUCUUUGAACUAAUUCCGUUCUGCAAUUCUGGAGUUGCAGUUGAAACUUGAAGGCCCGAUUUCUAAAGAGAUUCAUAUGCAUCUUGCCUAGUACAACGGAGUGGCUGGACAAGAGAUGUUGAUAUCUUCUUACAGUGGCUAUCGGCAAUUCCCUUUGCUGGUGGUGGUUUCAAUGAUGCUGCAAUUGCAGAAGGGCUUUCUGAAGCUCUAAUGAUGUUCCCUAUUGAUCCAAAUGGAAGCCAAACUCAAUCAAAUAUAGACGAGCAAAGGAACUGUAUUCUUAUUGCUGCAAGUAACCCACACCCAUUGCCCACACCAGUAUAUCGUCCACAAAUACAAAAUUUGGAGCAGACUGAAAAUAUUGAUGCACAGAAUGAAAGUCGUCUAUCUGAUGCAGAGACAGUUGCUAAAUCGUUUCCUCAGUGCUCGGUUUCUCUUUCAAUCAUUUGUCCAAAACAGCUUCCAAAACUUAGGUCAAUCUACAAUGCUGGGAAGCGCAACAGCCGAGCAGCAGAUCCACCUGUUGACAGUGUAAAAAAUCCUCAUUUUCUUGUGUUAAUCUCGGAGAACUUUAUGGAGGCUCGUGCUGCAUUGAGUCUUCCUGGAGUUACAAGUUUGACUUCUAAUCAAACUCCUGUAAAAGUGGAUAUUGCUUCAGUUACUUCUGUAACUGGGCCAGCUCCAACUUCUAUUCUGUCAGUGAAUGGAUCUAUCACAAAACGACCAACAAUUUCAGUUGGAAAUGUUCCCACUGCAACUGUGAAAGUUGAGCCAAGUAAUAUAACUUCCAUGGCAAAUGGACCUACUUUUCCCCAUAAUCCUUCUGUUCCACGCCCUGCAUCUCAAGGAGUUCCAAUCUUGCAGACUUCUUCGCCAUCUACUACUACUCAAGAUAUGGCAACAAGUGGUGAUGAUGUGCAGGACUUGAAACCAAAUGUCAGUGUGAUGACUCAGUCUGCACGUCCUGGGCCUCCUGCUGCAGCAAAUGUGAGCAUUCUGAACAAUAUCUCUCAAGCACGGCAAGUGAUGAACUCUGCAGGCUUAAGUGGAGGAACUUCUUUAGGUCUCCCAUCAAUAAAUCAAACUUCUGUGGCCAUGCAUAUGUCAAAUAUGAUUUCGAGUGGAAUGGCAUCUUCUGUGCCUGCUGCUCCAACUGUAUUUUCAUCUGGGCAACCAGGUGUCUCUUCGAUAACAGGGCCAGGGACUCUUACUGGGACAACGCAAAUUGGGCCAAACUCUGGUCUUGGAUCAUUCACUUCUGCUACUUCUAAUAUGUCUGGAAAUUCAAACCUUGGGAGGAUUUCACAACCAAUGGGUAAUCUUCAAGCAGGUGUUAGCAUUGGUCAAUCAGCACCAGGCAUGAGCCAAGGAAAUAUUUCAGGAGCACAAAUGGUACAAAGUGGGAUGGGUGCAAACCCAAACACAAUGAGCAGUCUGGGUCCAUCAGGUGUCUCUUUUGGUUUGAACACGAUGAUUCCUACCCCUGGAAUGUCUCAACAAGUACAAUCCGGGAUGCAGCCUCUUGGUGCAAACAAUAACUCAGCCGAUAAUUUGUCAAUGUCACAACAAACAGCAGGGGGCUUGCAACCAGCACAAUCGAAAUAUGUCAAAGUCUGGGAGGGAAACUUGUCUGGGCAACGGCAAGGGCAGCCUGUCUUUAUCACCAGAUUAGAAGGUUAUAGGAGUGCUUCGGCCUCUGAGACGCUUGCAGCAAACUGGCCACCGACAAUGCAAAUAGUUCGGCUUAUAUCUCAGGACCACAUGAAUAACAAGCAAUAUGUCGGAAAGGCUGAUUUUCUAGUUUUUCGGGCCAUGAAUCAGCAUGGAUUUCUUGGACAACUCCAAGAGAAGAAGCUUUGUGCAGUAAUCCAGUUACCAUCUCAGACAUUGCUUCUCUCUGUUUCUGACAAAGCCUGCCGCUUGAUAGGGAUGCUUUUUCCUGGGGAUAUGGUUGUGUUUAAGCCACAAAUAUCCAGUCAGCAGCAGCAGCAGCAGAUGCAGAUGCAGAUGCAACGGCAGCAGCAGCAGCUGCUGCAGCAGCAGCAGCAACAACAACAACAUCCACAACUGCUGCAGCAGCAGCAGCAGCAACAGCAACAUCAGCAGCAGCUUCCACAAUUGCAACAACAGCAGCUCUCGCAGCAGCAGCAGCAGCAGCAGCAUCAGCUUCCGCAAUUGCAGCAACAGCAAAUAUCUGGAACAGGAAUGGGUCAAACUUAUGUUCAAGGUCCAGGUCGUCCACAAUUAGUUUCUCAAGGACAAGUUUCUUCACAAGGGCCAGCAAACAUGCCUGGAGGAGGCUUUAUGAGUUGAUAAGAACUCCAAUUCAGUAGGGAGCGGAAUGCACCUUUGUAACAGAGAACGAUUCUAUCACUCACAUAGAUAAUUCAUUGAUAAUGUUCUUUGUCAAGGCUGAUGUGUAGUAGCAGAAACCUUCAUGAACUUAAUCUUUGAAAAAGUUGCCUGGCUUCCACUUCAUAUAUUGACGCAAGUUUUCACGCUUGUGAUAGAGAUUUUCUUCAUUGCUAGUCAUUUCUGCUAUUCUAGAAAGUAAAUUAUUGUUAAGAUUUUAA